AUGAAAGUUACCGAGUAUGCGCGUGAGUUUGUGAGGCUUAGCAAAUAUGCUUGGGAAUAUGUAUCUACCGAAGCCAUCAUGUGUAAAAGAUUUGAGGACGGGUUGAAUGAAGACAUCAGAUUUUUGGUUGGCAUGCUCAAGUUGAAAGAGUUUGUAGUCUUGGUCAAAAGAGUAUGCGAGGCCGAAGAAUUGGCCAAAGAAAAGCAAAAGGCUAAUUUGGUGUCUCGAGACUUGAAGAAGAGGCAACUGAGCAAAUCUUUUCAAUCUUCAUCUAAGAAGUCGAGAGAGUUUACUACUCGAUCUAAGACCUCUGCUGGGUAUUUGAGCAAGAAUAGGAAGGAAUCCGGUAGUGGAACGCGUAGUAAAGGUGCACCAAGAGAGUCUGCUGUGAGACCUGAGGGCAAGGCACCUGCGAGGACCUAUUCCAUUCGCGCUCGCGAAGAGGCCUUGUCUCCUGAUGUAAUUACGGGGUCUACCCAUUCGUAUAUUUGCAUGAAGUUGGUGUCUGGUAUGAACUUGUUUGUUGAACCUACUAAAUUCAGAGUAAAGGUGUCAAACCCGUUAGGCAAAGGUCAUUAUUUCCCAGCUAAUCUUAUGCUAUUACCGUUCGAUAAAUUUGAUGUAAUUCUUGGUAUGGAUUGGUUGACCACUCAUGAUGUGGUUGAACCAGAUGAAUUAAAUGGCAUGCCUGCAGUGAUUUCUUCCGUGUCUGCUAAGAGAUGUAUAAGAAAGGGGUACGAAGCUUAUCUCACCUUUGUGCUGAACACUAAAGAGUCUGAGUUAAAGAUUGAGUCGAUACCGGUAGUAUGUGAAUAUUCAGAUGUGUUUCUGAAAGAAUUUAUUGGGUUACCUCCUAUUAAGGAAGUAGAGUUUGGCAUUGAUUUGACUCUUGGUCCUGCGCCUAUUUCUAUUACCCUGUAUAGGACAGCCCCAACUGAAUUAAAAGAGUUGAAGGUUCAGUUACAGGAGUUAACUGAUAAGGAUUUUGCGAGACCGAGCUUUUCACCUUAG